CCUCCCUUAUUCUCUCUCUCGCUCUCUCCUAUAAAUACCAUCAACCCCACCCAAGACCCUAGCAUCCACACAAAUCAACCGUUAACGUCACCGAGGGUUUACGAAUGGGAUAUCAUCACAGCCUUCUUUUCCUGUCCCUUCUGUUGGUGGUCGCCGCCGCCCGCCGCCCGGAAGCUGUUGUCGGCGGCUGGAGUCCGAUCAAGGACUUGAAAGAGCCGCACGUGGCGGAGAUCGCCAAUUACGCGGUGGGAGAGUACGACAAGCGCUCUGGGGCCAAACUGAAGCUCGUGAAGGUGGUCAAGGGCGAGACUCAGGUCGUCGCCGGCACCAACUACCGGCUGGUGCUCGCCGCCAAGGACGGAUCCGCCACCGCCAAUUACGAGGCCGUCGUGUACGAGAAGCCCUGGCUCCGUUUCAGGAACCUCACUUCCUUCGUACCCCUUCAUUCAUAAUUAUAUGUUAUCUUCUCUUGUGCUGUGACCUUUUCUCUCGUCAACUGCAUUAUUAGUUUCUAAUGUCUUCUUUCGCUUUUCCAUAUAAAGCUGGGAUUGUCUCGUGAAGUUAUCUAUUCUAUCAUGGAUUCUUCUAUAAUGGAUAUUUUGUUUUAAUUUAUGCUUUCCAGGUUUUCAUCAAUAUCCAUUUCUGUGGGAUAUUCGAAUAAAUAUAUUAAUUUCUCUUUUCUUCUAUAGGUUGUUGUAGGGCCUUUGUCAUAAUUGAACGACUUAUACGUAUAAGUUAUGAAUAUAUGGUUUAUGUGACUGUGAGAAUUUUCUAAAUCGUGAUUCUACAGUCACAACAGUAGUUGAGGGAUAUAAUUUAAAAAUCUUGGUGAUGCUAGUUCUUUGAGAAAUGAAUUAAUUAUUAGAGUA